CUUUCUCGGAGUCAAUGAGGUGUGUGCACAAAUGUGAAGCCGUCAACUUGAAACUCUUGCUGAAACAAGUCUGAAGGACUCUGCCUGUUCAUUAAUUUUAAAAUAUUCUCCAUGAAAUGAAGCUACAAUCCUCUUCUUGACAGGCGUGUACAUAUACGGGGACUAUAAAGGCGACAGAUUCUUCACAAUCAUGCUUAAGCAGUUUAACAUUUUAAAGCAGUUUGGAAAUGGGGGGAAGUCACAAGAUGCAACUGACCUACUUACAGAUGAUCUGGUUUUGGUGGAACAGCGUGUUGAGCCAGCCAGAAAAGCUGCCCAGAUCAUUCAUAAGAAGCUGGCGGGCUGCCUGCAAAGUCAGCUGGGACUGGACUCUGAGCGACGAAUGAAAAAGUUACCGCUCAUGAUGCUGUCUGUUAGUAUGGCCGAGAGCUUUAAGGAUUUCGAUGGUGAAUCUUCUAUUAGAAAAGUUUUGGAAAUGUGCUGCUUCAUGCAAAAUUAUCUGGCACGGACAUUGGCUGACUUUGAGAUGAAGUUGGAGAAAGACGUACUUGUGCCUCUAAAUAAGCUCAGUGAGGAGGACCUACCGGAAAUCUUAAAAAACAAGAAACAGUUUGCUAAACUUACAACAGACUGGAACAGUGCUCGGGUCAGAUCUCAAACCAGCACAGGUCCACAAGCCAAGCAGGAUGGUCUUAGAGAAGAUUUAGAGGAGGCCUGGAAAAGACUGGAGUCCAUUAAGGAUCAGUACUCGGCAGAUCUUUAUCAUUUUGCUACUAAGGAGGAUGAGUAUGCCAGCUACUUUAUCCGUCUUCUGGAGCUUCAAUCUGAAUAUCACAAGGCCUCUUAUGAAUUUUUGGAGAGAAACAUAUCUGAGCUUAAAGAGAGCCACAGCCACACAGAGCCUCAAGUGAAUUUAUCAGAAAAUAAGGUAUUUGGAGAACCCCUACUGUCGCACCUUCAGAGAUGUAAUCGAAAGAUUGCUGUACCAAUUGAGGAGUGUGUGAGCAUGUUGAUGCGUACAGGACUCAAAGAGGAGGGUUUGUUCAGGCUAGCAGCUGGUGCGUCUGUUAUGAAAAGACUAAAGAGCUGUCUGGAUUCCGGGACAGUCGACCAAAAUGAGUUUAAGUGUGACCCUCAUGCUGUAGCAGGGGCUCUUAAAUGUUAUCUGAGAGAGUUGCCUGAACCGCUCAUGACAUUUGAAUUGUAUAAUGACUGGUUUAGGGCUGCAGGAGAAAAAGAAACAGAAGAAAAACUAAAUCUGUUACGGGCGGCGCUGCAAAAACUUCCCACAGACAACUACAACAACCUCAGGUACCUUGUGCAGUUUCUGUCACACUUAUCAGAGUAUCAAAAAGUGAAUAAAAUGACCCCCAGUAACAUUGCCAUAGUGCUUGGUCCUAAUCUACUUUGGCCUCGCUGUGAGGGAGAGACUUCCUUGUUGGACAUGGCGUCUGCAUCUUCUGUGCAAGUUGUGACUAUCAUAGAGCCGCUUAUACAGUAUUCCAAGAGCCUUUUUCCUGAAGAUGCUGAUUUUAAGAUCACAGAGUCACAUUCAAGCUUAGAUUUGCAAGAUGUGAUUCCAGCAACAUCCGAGAGGUCUCUUUCUGACAGCGUCUUUCCCCCGGCCCCCUCUCCCACUGGCCAACUUUCCCUCUCACACACAGACAGUUCAACCUCAUCUGAGGACUUUGGGGUGACACUCAAAACUACUCAGAUGAAUCGUGAUGCUUCUGUGUGGGACAACAAUGAUCCAGAUCCAGCACCUCAGCCACCUGCACAGAAUCACAUCCCUACUCCUCUUCCUCGGUACACUCCUGUACACCCGCCAUCCAACCACCCCUCCAGCCAAUCAGAGCCCACUCAGGAACCUUCCCAGUUCCAAGAGCCCUCACUGAAGAUCGGGUUUCCUUAUAAACCAAGGAGGUCCUUCAUGCAGCAAAAGACAUCAAACCUCAGCAAAGUUUCUCCCGUGAGCCAGACAGGAGGGUCGCCAUUAAAUCAACCAAGAGCUGUCCCAGUUCCUCUGCCCAGAGUCUCUGAGGUACAACCACUGGCUUCAAACAAGCCUGAAACCACCCAAACACAACUGCCAGCGUUGCCUGAAACUGGACCACAAAAGAAAACCCAAGGCAGAAGACCCAAAGUCCCUCCUCCCCAACCACCACCACCCCAACCACUGAGCAAGCAACUUUCCUUUCCAGCUCAGUAAGUCUUUGAAAAGGAAGUGUACAGCUGGAGAAUGAACACAUGAAACCUAACGCUUUCUUUUGAUAGUAAGCUCAAUCUUGUAAAUCUUUAUUUUGGAUCCUUUGACUUCAGGUGCAGUAUUUACUGGUUAAAGGGAUAGUUCACCCAAAAAAUGAAUAUUUUAUCAUCAUUUACUACUACAAACCUGUAUACAUUUCUUUAUUCUGAUGAACACGAAGGAAGAUAUUUUGUGGAAGGUCUCAAUCAUGAGCCCCAUUCACUUUCAUAGUAGGAAACAAGAAUACUAUAAAAGUGAAUGGUCGGUUUGGUUAUAAACAUUAAAUGUCAGUGGUUCGUCACAACAUGUAUGUAGCCCAUCAUGUGUGUGGUUCGUAAUUUCAAAAUAUGUGUUCUGCGCAUCGAGUGAUCCUAUGUGCAUCACGUGUCUUGUCAAAAUAAGUGCCUGCUGCAGACGCAUCUAAAGGGUUUUUAAUAAAAGAGACGCUUGCGUUUGCCAGAUAAUCUCAUGCGUAAUCAGAGUUUACUGUUAAGGGAGUGUCUUGCGAGUAUUUUGUGAACGUGAGCAUCUCUUUUAUCAUGUAAAAAUGACUUACAUCUCCCCCAUGUGGUUAAAAAGCGCAACAGUGCCUGGUAUCAGACACUUUCUGCAGGCAGGGGGAGGGGCGGGGCUGUGUUUCCUACCCUCCACCGCCACUUUUAGAGUGUGCUUGUAGCAGCUAGGAGGCUGCUCAGGUUGCAGCAACAGUACAAUUUAUCCAGUUAAAAGUUGUUCUAUCACUGAAAUAAUUUUAGAGACAUUAUUUAAAGGUAAAAAAAACUACAUAGUGUUGCUUUAAAUCUAAAUGAGUAACUGAUGACAGGAUUUUAAUUUUUUUGGGUGAACUAUCCCUUUAAUGCUUUCAGCUGUGCAGUGUUUUUGUGACACUGCACUUCCUCUUGUGUUUCGUUCAUCUGCUGUAGAGAUACAGGUUUUGUAAAGGCUAACAGAGCAAAAUGCAUAUUUUAUGUAUGAGGGUUAGCGAGUGCUUAUGUCAACAAAAAUCUUUUAAAGCUGACAUCAUUUAUAUCUUGUUUUAAUGAAAACUUAAUGAAAAAAGUAACAUACAUUGGUAUUUUGUAAAAUUCUUGUGCAAAGUUGCACAUACGUACAUUAUGUACAUAUUAUAUCAUGUGAUUAAGGGAAUGGAGACUUCAACUUGACAGAAAUUCAAAUGAAUUCAUAUUAAUAUUUAAUCAUAUUUUCAUAGUGGGGAUCAUAAAAUGUUAAUGAAUACUGUGCUGAUCGGCAGAUAUUUAUCAUGUAAUAAAAGCAAUUGUGACACUGACA